CUCUCGCAGUUGAAGGUAGUGGUGGAGGUGUCUUUCUCCUCGUUCACAUCUUCGGGCUGGAGUGCUGAACACGCGAGGUUUUAUCGUUAAUUUUUCGUCGAUAUCUUUUAAUAUAAAAAACGAGAAAAACGUGUCGAAUUGCCGAUAAAAACGGUGAUUUCGCUCGUCGCUCGGUGAUCGAGGUUUGAAGGGAAUUGAGAAGGAAUACAAUUUCGUCUACAGUCGAUCGCGUCACUCAAAACAAUUAAGAAAGUACAAAUUUAGCCGUACAAAUUCAUGUGAUUAUCUUCUCUUUGGUCAAGAAACAAAGAAGAUACUUUAAACGGGAUCUCAAAAGUGCAGUGCAGCUCAUUGUUCCUUCGCAUAGAAUUUAUUGAUGAUAAACAGGCCUGGAGAAUUCAAAGGGGGAUAACUAGUCUUCGUGAAGCUGCAGGUCUUACACAUAAUUUAUUACCUCACUGCUGAGCGGGUAUCGAGCCUUGAGUCGGCUGAGAAGCGCGCUGGCUCGAAUAAGGGUCUGGGUCUGGAGCUGCAGGUAGUCUUACAAAAGGGUCCAGGGAACAACGUUGUCACAUUUCCUGAGAAACUCGACUAUUCAAGCGUUGGUCCCUAACGGAGCAACAGCGCAUUAUCGAAGAGCAAAGAGGACCGACACGAUAAUAAGGAACCAAUGAUAACUGGAGCGACACAAACAGACGCCUCAGUAAAUCGUCGCUAAAGAAUAAUGCUCUAGUUCAAGGGAAAUCUCGAACUAUUGUUUCUUCAAUUGACCACUAUUUGCAUAGAGAAAGAGAAAAAGCCGGUAGCGAUUUGAGAGAAGCGACAAGCUGAUCGAGAUUAACAAUCAUCAAAAUAGGGAGACGUUUCAUGUAAACAAUAAAGUCUCUAAGUUAUUGCAUACUCGAUCGAGUUGCCAAAAUUUCCGCUUGAAACGGACUACGAAAUAAAUUGCACUUUGCAAUUCAUAGACGAUAGAUAAACGAUAUCCCACGUGGAAUUAUCGAUCGACAAUUCUUACUGACGGUCCGUCGCGAGAGGCAAUAAAAAUGCCGCUCACUUCGACCGAGUUUUGGAACGAAACCUUGUUGAUGAUGAAUGAUACGCUGAUGAACACGACAAUGAUUGUACCUCACGCCGCACUGAACCCGACGAAGAGGCACGUCACUUUCGCAGCUCAGGUGGUGCUUACUCUUGUGUACAUAACCGGCGUCAUCGGAAACGUAUCCGCACUAGUCAUUCUCUUUCAUCGAGAUAAGAGGCGAAAUCGCAAACACUUACUGAUGCUAAGCUGUUUGGCGACAAACGAUCUAGUCGCAUUGUUGGGAAUGUUGGUGCAAAUGUACAUCACGAUUUACAUCGGGAGCGUAAUGUCUACGAGAGGAUUUUGUUCUCUUCGCGUGGUGUGGAGGCUGUUCGGAUUAUUCAGUGGUUGCGUCGCCAUCGUAAUGGCAGCUGAAAGGUGGCUAGCCUUGACCAGGCCCUUCGUUUAUCAGAAGGUAAGUCAAGAUCCUAGAUAAACCUUUUCGAACGAC